CUUCUGUGUCCACUAUCUCUCUUUCACCCAUUAAUGACCAACAUGCCUUCUACACACUCUGUUACCCUCUCUACUGAUGACACCAUCAGUCAUCCCACUUACCCUUCAGUAUAUCUAAGAGGGAAGGGAUAGGGGCACCUGUGCAAGUUAGGUAAAGAGGUCAUCGUUGAUGUGGUGCUAUGUUACUGCUUGGUGAGACUUCGGGAGGAAGUGCAGGAUAUGGCUAGGUGGGUGGUAGGUGAUAAAUAAGUAUUUUGGUUUGGCUUUGGUUUCCAGGAAAGGGUGGUGUCAUGCUUUCUGUUUUAUGUGAGAGGAAGUGGCUAACGUUGGGAGGGGUUAAUCCUAGUUUCAUGUUCUUGUUGUUGUUGAUUUGCCUUUUUUCUGUAUUGAGUAAUGGAUGGUGUGAUGGAAUGCUGAAAUCUGAGAGGGGGUGGCCCUCCCCACGGGCCCAGGAAACAGAGGAUAAAAAAGAGAAGUGGUUAGUGAAAGAAAAGCUAAAAAAACUGAAUGAAAAAAACGACAAGCUGCUUUUAAUUACUAAAAGAGUAAUUAAAUAUCUUGAGAGGAUAAAGCCUUGUACAAGUGUUGAAACACAUCCUCAUAUUGAGCGAAGAAGAGGAUAAGUUUGAACUGUAUAUACAAGUUGAGUCACCCCAACCCAGGCUCGGAGAGGAAUGCCUCACUGUAUACACUUGCACUCCGUUGUGUAAGAAUCGGUCUGAUCUGGAGGAAUGAGCUUGAAGGAGAGGCUCUUCAUUUUCAACCAAACCGUUGUCUAAACAUAUAUCUAAAGAAAUCUGAUCUCCAGAUAGCAGAGCCAUUACUGUAAGUGAGUAUGGAUAUGUACCAGACCCCAAACAUCAGCAUUCCCACAUUCCCCCCCAUGGCAGAGAAUGAAGCUGCCUGGGAUCUGGUCUAUGCCAUCAUUCCACCGUACAUCUUCACCCUCAGUGUGGUGGGAAUUCUGGGAAAUGCCUUUGUCCUCACCGUGUUCCUGCUUCAUAGGGCCAAAUGGAGCGUUCCAGAAAUCUACCUGGGCAACCUCGCCCUAGCCGACCUUGUGAUGCUGUCCCUGCUGCCCUUCUGGGGCAUCAACAUCCUCAACGACUACGACUGGCCGUUCGGGGAAUUCCUGUGCAUCGCCGUCAGCCUCUCCAUCACCAUCAACAUGUACACCAGCGUCUUCCUGCUGGUCAUGAUCAGUGUGGAUCGCUACCUGGCCCUGGUGCAGACCAUGAAGGCCAGGUGGCUUCGGAGGAGGCGCUAUGCCAAGGCGGUCUGUGCAGUUUCGUGGCUCCUCGGCGUGGCCGUUUGCACCCCGGUGCUACCCCACAGGAAACUGCAGUACGACUCCGAGUAUCAGGUCAUGUCCUGCAUCCUCGAUUACCCGCACGACUCUUGGAAAGUGGCCCACCACAUCCUGCUCAACCUGGUGGGAUUCGCCUUGCCUUUCCUAGCCAUCUCUUUCUGUAGUAUCAAUGCUGCGAGAGCCCUGAACCAGAGGAGGAACAACACGUGCAGCUCCGACCGAGGCGACAGGAAGGCCACAGCACUGGUGUACGCCGUCAUUCUCUUCUUCUUUGUUUGCUGGGGUCCGUUCCAUCUGUUCACCUUCCUCGACGUGCUGUGCGACUUCCAGGUCUUACAGGUCACGGAGUGGCAGGAGGUCACAGCAAUCGGGAACCAGUUUGCGACGUACUUUGCGUUCCUGAACAGCAGUCUUAAUCCGCUGCUGUACGUCUGCACGGGGCAGUACUUCAGGAGGAAAGUCAGCGCGAUCUACCACAGGUACGAGCGGUCCAGAGGAUCAGAUGUGACCCCGCAACGGUCAGUCGUGUCGACGCUUCUGCACAAAACCGAUCACAUCAAGCCUGUUGUCUUAUAAAGUCAUCAAGUGAAAGGGGCAUGAUGAGAUGACGAGAUGUAUUUAGGGUGGGGUUUCUGGGCAUGUGGUGGAUUUAGAACAUUUCAAAAUAUACAGAGAAAAUUACUUAAGAUUUAUUUGAAUCUGUGUCAAGUUAUAGAUGUAAACUUUAUACUUUAUUAACAAUGAACCCCCUUGUAAUAGCCUUAUCAUGAAGUGAACAUUUUGUUUUCUUUAUUUUCCAUCCUGUGAUUUGUUUUUGCAUUUUUUAGUGUCUCACAAGCAUGCCUGUCUUAUCUCUACUGGCUGUCUUUACAGAAAUGGAGAGGAAACACAGAUGUGUGCGCUUCUGUAAAUAGUUUCAUUAGUCUAAGCUUCACAUAAGCAAGUGCAGGGCCUUCAGAGGAGGCAUGCCGUUCCCGCAGGAUAGAGAUCUCAGUAUCGUAAAAAGAUCUUCACGUCAUCUUGUAUUAUGAAAUUAUGAGGAUACAGGCAAAAGUACAAAUUAUGAAAUAUAUAUAAAAUUAGAAAAAGAUAUGUCUGUGUACUUGGUUAUUAAUUGUAAGUACUGUCAUUACAUUUAAAAAUCGUAUACAGAAUAUGAUAAAUGUAUUUCUAAAGUAUUUUGUGUGUUUAAUAUUGUUGGCGCACUUCAUUUCUAAAGCCAGACAUUAAACAUAGACAGUAUCCAU